UAGACCUUUCACUCCAAUAACACACACGCUUUCUGUUUCUGCUUCCCCUCUUCUUGAUCUCUAAGAUCAUCAAGAAGAGCUUGGAGGCUUGAUUGUUCCUCUGUUCAUCAGGCGGUGUCAUCGUCUUCCUCUGUUAUUGUUCUUGGAAAUGGAAACCCCGUCAUCCGCGAGAAGGAUCACAAGGUCGCAGGCCGCGGCCGCCGCCAAUGCCCAGAAGAGCAAGCAGGAGGAGUCGCAUCCAAGAUCAAGAAACGGCGGGGAUCGCGAGGCCCGCGCGGCUCUGCUCGACAUCACCAACGACUCGCCCGUCGUGGGGCUCGCGACCGGGUGCCUCCCGGUCGAGAAGACACCCUCGUCCUCGGCGGCCAAGAACCCGGGCCGGGCCGGGCGGACCACCGCGUCGGGCGAGGAGGUGCUGCGAGGUCAGGUGCGGACGCUGCUGCAGAAGGUCGAGGAAGAAGCGGAGUUCGUCGGCCGACCCACCUCCGGCCAGCGUCUGUUCCCUGCACUCUUGGGCGUUUCAAUAUAUCCAGCGCAGAUCCUCGCCCCGACCCCAGCCAACACGCCGCAGAUCCCCAGUCUGAGUUGUUUGGCAGGAGGAGGAGAAGGCUACGACUCGAUGGAGGUCGCAACACCCUUCGUUCUUUCCGAAGAAGAUCAUCGGAAGGUCGUGGUGGCUUCCAAUCCGCAGGAUCCCCUCGGUCCUCAAGAAUGCGUGAUCAACCGGGCAUUGACGUUCGACUCGCCCGAGAAAUCAGAAAUGUCGGGCAUCUCCACCGUCACUUCGUCGCCAGCGUACCAAUCCGGCAGCGUAAGCAGCUUCCAGGAGAAGUCCCCUGAGGACGACAACUCCUCUAUCUGGUCCAUCCAGGCCAAUGCGAGUGCCCACUCGGAUGGUGACGACGACGAACUGUUUGAAGACGUCGACGAAGACGAAGAAGAAUACGAGGAGGAGGAGGAGGACGAAGAAUUGUUGGGCGACUUGUGCGAGGGUAUGAAGAAGAUGUCAAUGCUGGGUGACGAGUUCGCAGGAAAGCACACAAGAUUCGUUUACAACAGUGACGACGAGAUCCAAGGAGAAGAGGAGGUGACGAGAAGAAGCGCUGUCUCGCCGAGCGCGUUGGUGCUGAAGGGCCUGCCUGCGCCUGAGGGGAAGCACCUCCGCUUCCAGGAGGAAGACGACUAAGGUAUUCGACUGGUUGUCAUACUGUGACACCAUUUUCCUUUGCUGGAAUGUCUCAUGAUCAUCAAAAACUGGAUGGAAAUCGAUGCAAUAUCGCUAUCGAAUAAAGAGAAUUGGAAUCAACAAGCAAAGAAAUCCACAGCAUUUUGCAGUAACAAUCAUAAUUAGUUCAUUAGUUUGGGACUUUUACACCACUGCAUGCAUGUGUAAGUCCAGUUCAAGACAAUGCGAUAAGACACUCUCUCUCAAAGUCUUGAGAGACAGUGUAUGAAGGCAUUCUCUAGUCAACAGGAUCCCAAUGUGGAAAUGCAUUAAGACGCUUUCUGUCUCUCUCAUAGUCUUAAGGUAGUGUAUCGAGGCAUUCUCCAGUCAACAGGAUCCAAAGGGACAGGUGGAGACCAGAUCCUUGUGGAAAUAACUGGACACUGGAUCUUCCUCCUCCAUCUCCAUUUGCUGCUCGGCUGCAUCCCUCAUGAGGCUCUCUUGAUUGAUACUGUCGUUCUCCUCGCUGGCUCCGCACAACCCGAGCUCCUUCUCCAAGUACUCCACCCACUCUGAGCUCUUGCCUUCUCCCUUGGCUUCCUCUUCCUCUUCCAUGGCCUCCUCCCCUGUGCUAACAAUGAGCGAGCUGUAGUCCCCACCUUCCAUCAUGCUCAGGAAUUCCGGUACGAUCACGGCCGCCUCUUCUUGGUGAGUGUCGUACUCCGCCACGCCCCACAUGUCCAUGUCGGGCCCGAUGGGAGCCUCGAUCAUUUCGACGGACAGAUCGGUGAAGUACAAACUUGGGUCCUGGUUUCCCUCCUCAUCGCUCUUGCUCUCUCCGUGAUCGGAGCAAGAGCGGGAGGCGGCGCUCGAAGAAGACGAGCUCUGCGAGUCUUCUGGUUUCUGCGUCGCCAGCGAUUUCCGCUCUCGGGACGCCAAUCGCUUCUUCAAGUGCGUGUUCCACAUGUUCUUGAUCUCGUUGUCGGUUCUUCCCGGUAGGCAGGACGCAAUUUUCGACCACCUGAGCAGCAGCACGCAUGCGAUGGUAUCAUCACCAACAAGAAACUAGGAUUAGAUGAUGGUCGACAUCGAGCAGCGAGCUUACUUGUUGCCUAGCAGCCUGUGAAGCUCGAUUAUGGCAUCCUCUUCCUCCUUGGUGAAGUUCCCACGCUUGAUGUCCGGCCGAAGAUAGUUGAUCCACCUCAACCGGCAGCUCUUACCGCAUCGCAGCAAACCUUUCAAAGAUCACAGACGCUAUCAAAUUUUCUGCUACGCAUACAAAGAUUCGAACUCGAUAGAGGAUGUCAAGAAUCCAUGGCAAACAGGAAGGAGGGGGAGACCUGCAAGCUUGGGAAGAGCUCGCCAGUUCCCGUGGCCGUGCUUCUCAAUGUAGGCUAUCAGUCUCAUGUCUUCUUCCAGCGACCAUGAACCCUUGUUCAGCCCCACCUUAUCGCAGCAGGGCGCUCGCCCUCGACGACCCAUCUCUCUCUCUCUCUCUCUCUCUGUUGUACCUCAGCUUCCACUUGUAUAGCUGCCAAUAACCAUUGAAGUGAGCUUAUACUAUAUAGGGGAUAAUAACCAUCUGGGAUUCUCUCUACCA